AUGUUCCCGACCUCAUUGGUAUUUGGAGCCACGAUCGUCUUCUUGCUGUAUAUCGCAAAGCGCCUUUAUGAUGCUCAAGAACGGUAUCCGUCCCAUAUACCUAUUAUUGAACCCGUCCCCGGGACAAAGAACGAGGAUGUCAUCAAGGCUCAAUAUGCGAAGGGACCAUUGACAAAAAACAUCAAUCGGAUGCUAGACAAGAUAUACGGUGAGAUCGACCGGGUGCUUCAACGCGAAGUCGGAAAUGGCGCCGGCCGCGUUGUAAAUGUAGACUUUCUGACAACCGAGGUUUAUCUUCAUGUUUUCGAGAUGGUGCUGGUUGGUGACGACCUAGGACACGACGAAGAAUGGCUGAGGAUCUUUGCCGAUUACCCCAGGGUAGCAUUCAACGCUGCGGUGCGAUUAGCAAAGUAUCACUGGCUAGUUCGUCCUGUCGUCGCUCGUCUGAUCCCAGAGAUGCGAGGGCUUCUCGACUAUCGACAAGAGGUCUAUGAUAUACUGCGUCCUUUCCAUCAGGAACGCCUCCAGGCAAUGCAAACCCCGGACUUCAAGGAGCCGGACGAUUAUAUUCAAUCGUUCAUCAACCACGCUGGUGCCGAGCGCGGAAACACAUGGCGCCUGGCGGAGUCCAUCUCGGGAACAAGCAUGGCCGGCAUCCAGACCACCGCUAGAGUCCUCUACCAAACUCUCUUCGAUCUAGUCCAGUAUCCCGAAUACCUUGGCCCAAUCCGCGAGGAAAUCAACCACGCCAUCUCUCAAGAAGGGGGCAGCGCAAACCUCAGCCAAGCGGGACUUCUCAGCCUAGUCAAGUUAGAUUCCUUCAUCAAAGAGUCGCAGAAGUUCCACUAUAACAAUCUAGUGUCUUCGAACCGAAAGCUCUUCCGAUCACUUACCCUCUCCGAUGGAACUGUAAUCCCAAAGAAUGCAUAUGUAUCUAUUCCCGGUCUCGCACACGCCGUCAUCGACAAGACCGGCAACACACGCCCUUUCGAUGGUUUCCAAUGGGCAGAGAAGAAACUAACAGCUGAAAACCCAAGCGUGUACAAUUAUGUUUUCUCCGGACAAGACGACUUGGAAUUUGGCGCUGGGCUGCACGCUUGUCCGGGCAGGUGGUUUGCGUCUAUCGCACUCAAAUCAGCUCUUGUGCGGAUAUUGCUCAGAUAUGAUUUCCGGUUGCCAGAAGGACAGAAGAGGCCCGUGGACGAGUACAACGAUGGGUUGGAGAUGGAGCAUGAUGUGACUGCGACUCUGGAGUUUCUGGCCAGGGAGCACUGUUAA